GUCGAAGGGAUAUGUCGUCUGGAAUUGACCCACUUUUCAUGGAAUUGGACAGGCCCUGGUUGACAUGCCUCUGAGAUUCCUUCAUUCUUUGUUAUUUCCUUCAUUCUUGACUCGGAAUGUCCUCAUUUCAUUCGGAAUGCCCUCUUUCGGGCUGAUUACAACGCCUCCCUUGCCUUCUCUCCAUGAGUAUAAGGAAGCGUUCUUUUCUGUACUUUUAGACCUAUUGAGCGGACAAUUCAAUGCGCUAUCAACUUCGAUCGCGUGCAACACUAUAUUAACCAGAUUCCCGAAUUGGAUACAUCUUCGGGCUGUGCCUCUUGCCGGCCCUUGCCGUGUAGCCAUAAGAUGCUAUGUGCCGCGUGGGGGACAAACAACAACGCCUGAUGCGCGCACGUCGGGUAUCUAACAGAGGUAGCUGAUCUACCCAAAGGAUCCUCC